UUCUUGCUGGUCACCCAAAACACAUUCGGGUUGGAGUUCUUGGCAGAGCAAAGCUAUAUCAAUCCAUCGGAUUUUUCUCCUUCUCAGGUGAUGGCGUCAUCAGCAAUGGCUCUGGACCCCAAGCCCGCACCGGAGCUUCCUCCGUCGAUCUCCUCUUCGAGAUCGGACCUCCAACAAGCGUUCGCCGACCUAUCCAAUGGCGAUGAAGACGACCUCUACAGUCGCCUAAAGUCUCUUCAGCGUCAGCUCGAGUUCAUCGAUAUCCAAGAAGAGUAUGUCAAAGACGAGCAGAAGAAUUUGAAGCGUGAGCUCCUUCGUGCUCAGGAAGAGGUCAAGCGGAUCCAGUCGGUGCCGCUCGUCAUCGGUCAGUUUAUGGAGAUGGUAGACCAAAACAAUGGUAUUGUGGGCUCCACCACUGGCUCUAAUUACUAUGUGAGGAUUCUUAGCACCAUUAAUAGGGAGCUCUUGAAGCCCUCUGCUUCAGUCGCUCUGCACCGGCAUUCCAAUGCCCUUGUAGAUGUGUUGCCUCCUGAGGCUGAUUCCAGUAUUUCUCUACUCAGCCAGUCAGAGAAACCUGAUGUCACUUAUAAUGACAUUGGUGGAUGUGACAUUCAAAAGCAGGAAAUUCGUGAGGCAGUGGAGUUACCACUGACUCACCAUGAACUGUACAAGCAAAUUGGAAUAGAUCCCCCUCGUGGUGUCUUGCUUUAUGGCCCCCCUGGCACUGGAAAAACCAUGCUUGCCAAGGCUGUGGCUAAUCAUACAACAGCGGCUUUUAUUAGAGUUGUUGGCUCUGAGUUUGUUCAGAAGUAUUUGGGUGAGGGCCCCCGUAUGGUUCGUGAUGUUUUUCGCCUUGCUAAGGAGAAUGCCCCUGCAAUUAUUUUCAUUGAUGAGGUAGAUGCUAUUGCUACUGCUAGGUUUGAUGCUCAAACUGGGGCUGAUAGAGAAGUCCAACGAAUCUUGAUGGAACUUCUGAAUCAGAUGGAUGGGUUUGACCAGACAGUGAAUGUUAAGGUAAUAAUGGCAACAAAUCGUGCAGACACUUUGGACCCUGCACUUCUUCGUCCUGGAAGACUUGACCGGAAAAUUGAAUUUCCAUUGCCUGAUAGACGGCAAAAGAGGCUUGUUUUCCAGGUUUGCACUUCUAAAAUGAAUCUCAGUGAUGAGGUAGACUUGGAGGAUUAUGUUUCUCGGCCAGACAAAAUCAGUGCUGCUGAGAUUGCAGCUAUUUGUCAGGAAGCAGGGAUGCAUGCUGUUCGCAAGAACAGGUAUGUCAUACUCCCAAAGGACUUUGAGAAAGGUUACCGAACCAAUGUGAAGAAGCCCGAUACCGACUUUGAAUUCUACAAAUGAAGAGUGAAGAGAGCUGAAGCACAUGGGGAUCCCCUGCUGAUGACUGAUUGCUGAAAAUUUUGAAUUUGCCCUUGUAUGUCAUUCUUUAUGGGAUUGGCAGUAGCCAGAGAUGCAUCCGUUGGAGUCAUUGCAACUUGUAGGUGCAGAAAGCUUAAUAGCUCAUAGGAUAUAAUCUUUUAUGAACAUUUUCUUCCCCCCCUUUUCAAGGUGUUGUGUUUUAUGUACGCCUCAUGCCAUAUUAUUUGACUUCAACUCUAACUAAUUAUUAUUUCCAUUCGGUUUUCCCUUGUUUGAUAAAAAGUUAAAAAAAUUAAGAGUUAAAA